UUUGUGUAGUAAUUGUCUACCUCCAGUGUCACUUAUUAGGCAUGUUUGAAAUCGUCUUAUAAUGUUAUUUAAACCAAAUAUUAUAAAUAAAAAAGUCCUAUUUUUAGAAAUUAUAGUAUACGAAAUAACUAUUUGUAAAAAUGCUAGCAGCAAAAGUAAAUACUGAGACUGAAGAACAGAAUAGGAUAAGAUUCCAAGUGGAGCUCGAGUUUGUUCAAUGUUUAGCAAACCCCAAUUAUAUUCAUUUUCUAGCGCAAAGAGGAUAUUUGAAGGAGCAAACAUUUGUAAACUACCUGAAGUACCUACAAUAUUGGAGGGAGCCAGAAUAUGCAAGAUAUCUCAAAUAUCCAAUGUGCUUACAUUUCCUAGAACUCCUACAGCAUGAAGCUUUUAGACGGGAGUGUGUCUCUGCUCAGGUCUGCAAAUUUAUGGAUGACCAGGCGAUAUUGUUAUGGCAACAUUAUACAAGGAGACGAACAAGGACAUUGCAACCACCAGAUGCUCCAGCACCUCCAACAGCCCCAAAUUCCAACCAGCAUGGCCCUCCGCGACAACAGUCAUGAAAUUUCAAUUUUUUUUAAAUUGUAGCUCGCAAUAGUGAGUCCAAUUUAAAAACUUUAUAAAGAAUCUUCGGAGUAAGUUUAACAAUGUAUUAGAGGAAUGAGGUAGAUGUUAGUGGCUAUCAAGUUUUUAAAGAUGAGAAGAGGUAAGUAAGAUUUAAUAUUGUUUUUUUCUUUUUAAAACUUAAAUGUUGGUACUUUGUUAUGUCUGGAAUCAACAAAAAUUAUUUCUGUUCUUACGAGAUCCUAUACAAUCCAACUACAACUGUAUUGUAAAAAUUUGUGUAAGCUACAAAUAAUUGAAUAAAUUAUGUUUUAUAUUGUA